AUGCUAGAGCCUGGGGAUCUGAUUGAAUUUCAGAGAAUGGGAUGCCAACCCUGGGGCAUCUAUGUGGGAAAGGGACAUGUGGUCCACUUCACAUUUCCGGAGUUGGAAGAGGGAUUGAACAAUAUGCUUAAUGGAGAAUUCUUCAAAGCCAAAGUGCAAAAGGAGCGUCUGAGGAACGUGGCUCAUGUUUCAAGCUAUGCUGUAAACAACCAAUUAGAUAAAAAGCACCCUCCAUUACCUCUUCCUCAUGUGGUAAACAGAGCUGAGCACCUGGAGGGGAAGAAUAUAGACUACAAUCUAGUUAUGUCUAACUGUGAACAUUUUGCCACUAUGAUGAGAUAUGGCAUUGCUGAAUCACAGCAGGCAGUUUACUUUGAAGUGGAUGAAGGUUUUGUGAAGCAGAUAAAGAAAUGGCUAGCUGAAAUCAAGGAGUAGCUUGUGGAUCGGUGAGUAUGCACUAUGGCAUUUAAAUGGGCACUGACUUCUUAGAUAGAGAUCAAUUGCACCUACAUUGAUGCAACAUACAGCCCAUCAUACACAAGUACCAAAGGUAAAUUAUUUAUCUAUAUGUCCCUGAACAACUUUCACAUUAUUGGUAGGAGGGUCAUCUUCCCUACUCACAAAAGGAGAAGAUCUGAGCCCCUUCCCCAUUAAUGGUGGGUUUGUGGAGGAAGGACAUGAUCCUUUCUCUCAACAUAGGCCCCACAUAACUAAGUCCACUUACACUAACAAAGGAAUAGUCUCUCUUCUCCCAUAAAAUCUCUGCCCUCUUCACACAAAUGACGAUCA